CCCAGAAACACAGGAAUAGACACUUGGAGACCUCGGCCCACAUUCAUCUUGCUCCAAAGGGCAGACAGGACAGGCUGAAAAUAGACACUGCUUCCAAAAAGAUAAAGGGUAUGACUCCAGCAGUGUGCCCCAAUCCUUUGAAGAGCUCAGAGGAAGAUGUCAGCCCAGUCCCUGCCUGCAGCAACACCCCCUACCCAGAAGCCCCCUCGGAUCAUCCGCCCCCGUCCCCCUUCUCGCUCCCGGGCUGCCCAAUCUCCAGGGCCUCCCCACAAUGGCUCCUCUCCACAAGAACUUCCCCUAACCUCCGAUGAUGCACCAACCCCAAUGUGCACCCCCAUCUUCUGGGAGCCCCCGGUCACAUCCCUCAAACCCCCCGCCCUUUUACCCCCCUCAGUUUCUAGAGUCAGCCUGGACUCUCAGCCUUCCCCGGACUCACCUUCCAGCACCCCUGCACCCAGUCCGGUGUCCCGGCGCUCCGUCUCUCCAGAACCUGCUCCCCGGUCUCCAGUUCCCCCACCAAAGCCCUCCGGGUCACCCCACACCCCCCUUCCCAUGCUCCCCACGACUGGAGUCUUGGCCCAGGAUGGCCCUGCCUCAGCCCCUGGCACUGUACGGAGACUGGCUGGCAAGUUUGAAUGGGGGGCUGAAGGCAGGACCCAGGCUGCAGUCACCCUGGAGCCAGGUCCUCAAGGGAGAGUGGAUGUGAACGGGGAGAGAGAGGCUCCCCUCACAGGGAGUGGGUCCCAGGAGAAUGGCGCUCCGGAUGCUGCCCUGGCCUGCCCUCCCUGCUGCCCCUGUGUUUGCCACACCACUCGGCCUGGCCUGGAGCUCCGAUGGGUGCCUGUAGGGGGUUAUGAGGAGGGCCUUAGGGCCCCCUGCCGGGCUUCUCCACUACGGACCUCCCGUUCCCGCCCCAACCCUCCAAGCAUCAGUCACCCCCCAGUCGUCCUCACGUCCUAUCGCUCCACUGCCGAGCACAAACUCCUGCCACCCCUCAAGCCUCCCAAGCCAACUCGCGUGAGGCAGGACACCAUCUCCGGGGACCCCCCACAGCCAGAUCUGGAUCCACCUUCCGAAGAUGGAAUCCAAACAGUGUAUAGUCCUGGCGAAGUUCCUCAGAAUGCUCCUCUAGCAGCCACAGAGGAAAGGUAUCCAACACGCCCACCCUCUCUCCUUCUUUCCCUACCAUGCUCCUACCUGAGGGCAGACUCACCUUCAGAUCUAGCUAAGUCUUACCUCCACAAAGCACCCCUGGGGUGGGCAGCCGCUGUGGUCCUGGGGACUCCCUUCCCCCUCUUUCUCCAUAGGGAUGAGGAAGGGCUGGAGAGGCUGAAGGAGCAGAACUGGGAGCUGCCCUUGCAGGACGAGCCUCUGUACCAGACCUACCGAGCAGCUGUGCUGUCAGAGGAGCUGUGGGGGGUCGGUGAGGAUGGGGGUCCCUCUCCAGCAAAUGCUGGAGAUGCACCCACCUUCACAAGGCCCCCUGGACCUCGCAACACCCUGUGGCAGGAGCUUCCGGCUGUGCGAGCCAGUGGCCUCCUGGACACCCUCAGCCCCCAGGAGAGGCGCAUGCAGGAGAGCCUGUUCGAGGUGGUGACGUCUGAGGCCUCCUAUUUGCGCUCCUUGCGGCUGCUGACCGACACCUUCGUGCUGAGCCAGGCGCUCCGGGACACACUCACCCCGCGGGACCACCACACGCUCUUCUCCAACGUGCAGCGAGUCCAGGGAGUCAGUGAGCGGUUUCUAGGAACUUUACUGUCCCGGGUGCGCUCUUCCCCUCACAUCAGUGACCUGUGUGACGUGGUGCAUGCCCACGCUGUGGGUCCUUUCUCUGUGUAUGUGGAUUAUGUGCGGAACCAGCAGUAUCAGGAGGAGACCUAUAGCCGCCUUAUGGACACAAACGUGCGCUUCUCCGCGGAGCUGCGUCGCCUGCAGAGCCUCCCGAAAUGUGAGCGGCUCCCGCUGCCAUCGUUUCUGCUGCUACCCUUUCAGCGCAUCACCAGACUUCGCAUGCUCCUGCAGAAUAUCCUGCGCCAGACAGAGGAGGGGUCCAGCCGCCAGGAGAAUGCCCAGAAGGCCUUGAGUGCUGUCAGCAAGAUCAUUGAGCGCUGCAGUGCUGAGGUGGGGCGCAUGAAGCAGACUGAAGAGCUGAUCCGGCUCACUCAAAGACUGCGCUUCCACAAAGUCAAGGCCCUGCCCCUGGUCUCCUGGUCACGGCGCCUGGAGCUGCAGGGGGAGCUGACGGAGUUAGGGUGCCGGAGGGGGGGCGUGCUCUUCACCUCGCGCCCCCGCUUCACCCCCCUCUGCCUGCUGCUCUUUAGCGACUUGUUGCUCGUCACUCAGCCCAAGAGUGGGCAGCGGCUACAGGUUCUGGACUAUGCCCACCGCUCCCUGGUCCAGGCCCAGCAGGUUCCAGACCCAUCUGGACCCCCUACCUUCCGCCUCUCCCUUCUCAGCAACCACCAGGGUCGCCCCACCCACCGGCUACUCCAAGCUUCAUCCCUAUCAGACAUGCAGCGAUGGCUGGGAGCUUUCCCGACCCCAGGCCCCCUUCCCUGCUCCCCAGAUACCAUCUAUGAGGACUGUGACUGUUCUCAGGAACUGUGUUCAGAACCGUCUACACCUGUCAAGACUGAGGGACAGAGUCUGGAGUCCAGGGCUGCCCCUAAGCACCUGCACAAGAGCCCCGAAGGUUGGCUGAAGGGGCUUCCUGGGGCCUUUCCUGCCCAGCUGGUGUGUGAAGUCACAGGGGAACAUGAAAGGAGGAAGCACCUUCGCCAGCACCAGAGGCUUCUCGAGGUCGUUGGGCCCUCUUCAGGCACCCCCAGUGCUCCCCCACCCUAAUGCAGGCUGGGGAGGGGGUACAGGUUGGGAGACAUCUAGCAGCAUGGCAUGAAGAGGAAAAAGCUCAUCCAUCCAAUGGAUUCACUGUCAGUGGAGACACCACCUCUAGUGGUAAUCAACAGGGACCAAGCUUCAGGACAGGGCAGCCAAUGAAAACAGGGCUGCCUGAGCCUAUAGCAAUAAGAAAGAAUGAGGAUGGUUGGAAUGUGUUGCCAAUGGAGACAGAGGCUUAGGGCAGAGCAGCCAACAUUGCUGGCUGGCUGGCUGAGACAACGAGUAUCCCUGCUAUGCUCAGGGCCAAGAAGGACAAAUCUAGGUCAUGACAUUU